AUGUCCAGCAGCUACUAUAUGCUCUUCUCUACAUUAGUGACCUUUCUUCUAUUCUUUAUAUCCCCCUUCGUUUAUGCUGUACAACCGACUGCGCCCAAGCCCAUCGAGGCUCCAUUGCGUGACCUGAAAUGGGGCCAGCUCAAUUUCCUUCACACCACAGAUACUCAUGGCUGGUUAGCUGGUCAUUUACAAGAACCCUCGUACUCCGCUGACUGGGGUGACUAUAUCUCCUUCGCUACCCGCAUGCGCGAGAAGGCAGAGUCUAUGGGUGUCGAUCUACUAGUCAUUGAUACCGGCGAUAGAGUGGAAGGAAAUGGACUUUACGACUCUUCAGACCCCAAAGGCAUCUACAUCUCUAAAAUUCUGCGAGAGCAGCAUAUCGACCUGAUGUCAUCGGGCAAUCAUGAGCUGUAUAAGGAAUCCACAGCAUCAGCUGAGUUCUUUACCACUGCACUCAAUUUCGCCGGACACUAUCUUGCAUCAAACAUCGACUUCUAUGACCCACGGACAAACGCUUUCAGGCCAUUGGCACCUCGCUUUACGAAGAUCGUCACCAAGCAAUUGGGCAUCCGCAUCGUGGCCUUUGGAUUUCUCUUCGACUUCAAAGGAAAUGCUAACAACACUGUCGUGCGGCCUGUGAGGGAGACAAUAAAGGAGGCAUGGUUUCAGGAAGCUAUCAGGGACCAUGAGGUGGACCUCUUCUUGGUAAUUGGUCAUGCCCCUGUACAUUCGGAGGAGUAUUGGGACAUAUGGCGAGAAAUCAGAUCUCUUCGCUGGAGUACACCCAUCCAAUUCUUUGGCGGCCAUUACCACAUCCGUGACUACGCAAAGUAUGAUCGGAUGUCCUACGGCUUGGCCAGCGGUCGCUUCAUGGAAACGAUCGGUUUUAUGUCCAUUAGUGGCCUCCCGACCCACCGUCAGCCCGGACUGUUCGCCUUAGCGUCCUCCCUGUGGCCAUGGGACCGUUUCCAUUUCAAUCGAAAAUAUAUCGACAAUAACUUAUUGUCAUUCUAUCAUCACACUGGCCUGAAUGAGACCACGUUCCCCACGGAACAUGGACAGAACGUUUCCCAACUCAUUGAGGAAUCCCGAAGCGCUCUUCAGCUGGAUGAAGUGUACGGGUGUGCUCCUCGCGAUCUGUUCAUGUUUCAAGUGAAAUAUCCAGGCGAGGGUAAUAUUUAUACCUGGCUGGAGACUGAAGUGCUACCCGUAUCCGUGAGAGAUGAAUCUCGUGCUGGGAAGCCAGCCGUUGUUAUAGUCAACACCGGUGCCAUCCGCUUUGACAUCUUUAAGGGUUCUUUUACGAAGGAUAAUACAUAUAUUGUCUCCCCGUUCACAAGCGGCUUUCGUUAUGUGAAAGAUAUCCCUUACUCCCGAGCCUACCGUCUUGCCGAUGUGCUAAACCGGGGACCGGGAAUCUUGACUGAGGGCGACCAAUUAGACAAUUUGACUUGGCAGCUUGCUCCCCCUGAGCAAUCAGCGUAUACCCGUGGUGUAUUUGGCAGCAGUGGUAGCCGAUCAAGCGCUGGCUUCCUUACCAACCAAGUCCCAUUCCUGAGUAGUGGAGAUGCUAAGCCUGACCUAAUUCCCGGAUACACUACCCAUGAUGAUGGAGGCAAAGAUGGCGAUGACACCAUUCACUCGCCGAUGGACUUCUUCCGGGUGCCAAAUGUUAUCAGGGGAACACCUCAUUGGGGUGCAUCUGAACCCCCGGAAAUAGUAGACCUGGUCUAUAUUGAUUUCAUCGAGUCUAACGUGGCUGCAGUGGCCCCAUACGCCGGUAUUGGUGCAGACUUUUCUCGCGACAGCGACGUCUAUAUGCCAAAUACAACAUUGACCGGCUUGAUAGAGGACUGGAUAAAAGGAAACUGGCCCUGCGAGCAGGUAUGA